AUGGAUCACUGGAUAUUUGGGGAUAUCAUGUGUAAACGCACCUCCUAUGUGCAUAGUGUCUCCACCUCUGUGUCCAUAUACUCACUUGUGUUAACUGCUGUUGAAAGAUAUCAGCUGAUUGUGAACCCUCGGGGCUGGAAACGCAGUGUAGCUCACGCCUACUGGGGUAUCACAUUGAUUUGGCUGUUUUCCCUUCUGUUGUCUAUUCCCUUCUUCCUGUCCUACCACCUCACCCAUGAGCCCUUCCAAAACCUCUCUCUUCUCACUGACCUCUACACCCAGCAGGUGGCCUGUGUAGAGAACUGGCCCUCCAAAAUGAACUGGCUCCUCUUUACAACCUCCCUGUUUAUGCUGCAAUAUUGUCUCCCUCUGAGCUUCACCCUCAUCUGCUACCUGAAGACUGUUAUCUGCCUCCGCAGGAGAAAUGGGAAAGUAGACAAGAGGAGGGAAAGUGAGAGCUGGGUCAGGGAGAACAAGAGGAUCAACACGAUGUUGAUUUCUACUGUGGUAACCUUUGGGGUCUGCUGA